UGCAGUGCAAGCCGGCCAGCUGAGGAAACCGCACUGUUCCGUUCACUGCUGCACUCUGCUGCCCUGCAAUGUUUGUUGUACAACGCCGUGCUUCUUCUGCUGCGAGUGCUGCUUUUGCCCAAAGCUGCGCCCCCCCUGCAUUUGCUCUCCCCUGACCCGCUUGCCUCCCUCAUCUGUGUCUCCUCCUCUCCUCUUCCUGUCUUACUCGAGAGGACAUCCUCCCACUCCCAGAACACCACCUCCAUUUAAUCGGGAUCCUCAAGUGCUCUUCUUGCUCGCCUCCAUUUGUUGCAGUUUUCUUGCACUCCUUCGCCGUGUCCUAGCACAAACCACUCACGCUGCUCGUCUCCUUGCCCAUUUCUUCGUCCUCGCUAAGCAAGAACUCGUUUCUAGCUUGAUCCAUCCGAGCAAAGGCGGGGCAGAGCAUUCGAGUUUUCCGCCUAUCGCAGCUAGCCGCCAUGAUCACGGCAUUGGACCUGUACCACGUGCUCACGGCGGUGGUGCCGCUCUACGUGGCCAUGACGCUGGCCUACGGCUCCGUCCGCUGGUGGCGCAUCUUCACCCCCGAUCAGUGCUCCGGCAUCAACCGCUUCGUCGCGCUCUUCGCCGUUCCGCUCCUCUCCUUCCACUUCAUCUCCACCAACAACCCCUUCGCCAUGAACCUCCGCUUCCUCGCCGCCGACACCCUCCAGAAGCUCAUCGUCCUCGCCCUCCUCACCCUCGCCUCCCGCCUCUACCCACGCCGCGCGUCUCUGGACUGGGUCAUCACCCUCUUCUCCCUCUCCACGCUCCCCAACACCCUCGUCAUGGGCAUCCCGCUGCUCAGGGGCAUGUACGGCGCAGAUUCCGGCACGCUCAUGGUGCAGGUCGUCGUCCUCCAGUGCAUCAUCUGGUACACGCUCAUGCUCUUCCUCUUCGAGUACCGCGCCGCGCGGAUGCUCGUCAUGGAUCAGUUCCCGGACACCGCCGCGUCCAUCGUCUCCUUCCGCGUCGACUCGGACGUCGUCUCCCUCGCCAAGGGUGAGCUGGAGGCGGAGGCUGAGGUCGCGGAGGACGGCCGGAUGCGGGUCACCGUGCGCAAGUCCACGAGCUCGCGGUCGGAGGCCGCGUGCUCGCACUCCCACUCCCACUCGCAGUCCAUGCAGCCGCGGGUGUCCAACCUCUCCGGGGUGGAGAUUUACUCGCUGCAGUCGUCGCGGAACCCCACGCCACGGGGAUCCAGCUUCAACCACGCCGAGUUCUUCAACAUCGCGGGAGGCGGCAAGGGAGGAGACGAGGAGAAGGGCGCCGGGACCGCGACCGGGACCGGGACCGGGGCCCAUUCGCCACAGCUGCAGUCUGUGACGGCGAAGAGGAAUGACCUGCACAUGUUCGUUUGGAGCUCCAGCGCCUCGCCAGUGUCGGAGCGCGCCGGCGCCGGCGCGGUGCAUGUCUUCGGCGCCGGCGCCGACCAUGGCGACGUCCUCGCCAAAGGAGCCCAGGCUUACGAUGAGUAUGGCCGUGACGAUUUCGGCAGGAACAAGAACGGGAACGGUGCUGAGAAGGGUGGGCCGACCCUGUCCAAGCUCGGGUCCAACUCGACCGCCCAGCUCUACCCCAAGGACGACGGCGAGGAGAGGCCGGCCGCGAUGCCGCCGGCGAGCGUGAUGACGAGGCUCAUCCUCAUCAUGGUCUGGAGGAAGCUGAUCAGGAACCCCAACACUUAUUCCAGCCUCAUUGGUGUCAUCUGGUCCCUAGUCUCAUACAGGUGGGGGAUUGAAAUGCCCGCAAUCAUCGCCCGGUCGAUCGCAAUCCUGUCGGAUGCAGGGCUUGGGAUGGCCAUGUUCAGUCUAGGCUUGUUCAUGGCGUUGCAGCCGCGGAUCAUUGCCUGUGGGAACACCCUUGCUGCAUUUUCCAUGGCCGUCCGGUUCCUCAUGGGUCCGGCUGUCAUGGCUGCCGCCUCCAUUGCUGUCGGGCUGCGCGGAGUUCUUCUGCACAUUGCCAUUGUUCAGGCUGCUCUACCUCAAGGGAUCGUGCCGUUUGUGUUUGCUAAGGAGUACAACGUUCAUCCUGACAUACUGAGCACAGCCGUGAUCUUCGGAAUGCUGAUUGCUUUACCCAUCACCCUUGUCUACUACAUUCUGCUGGGGCUCUAAGCUCUCACAUCUCAAGGGUGCAAAUCCAUGACUGUUGCUCCUUUUUGUUUGGAUGAUCCUACUAGGAACUAGGAUCAUAGGUCAGUAGUAGAUAAUCCUUCAACUGAUAGUAAUAGCAUCUCUGGUGUCUAGGUGAUAGCGAAUUCAGAUUGAAGAAUUAGAAUUCUGAUGAGCAAUAGUAUUUAGAAACAAAAUGGAUAUUUGCAAUGGCAAUCAUCUAAUCUGUAAGGCAUUGUUAACCUCGUUGAUUGGAUCGAUUAUGAUUCAGUAAAAUUUCAUCUUCCCUCUAUGUUUUUGUGUAUACCAUGACUUUAAGUCAUACAGUGCUUUCUGAAGGAGCUGGAGUUAAGGUACUGUAUUCGGCGAAUUGCUGACAUAC